UGGCUGCGCUCUGCAACUUCGUUCUCCGCCGUGUUCUCGGCGAUAUGUGACUCGAAAACUCUUCGUUGUUGCGCAACAUGAAGGGCGUAAAAAAGACCCUUCAACUCCUAUCCAAGAACAGCAAAACGGGUGCUGUCAAGGUGAGCAAGGCCAAGGACACCGUUCGGCCUGAAGACGUGGAGAGGCUGUCGACUGUGGCGACAGUCGUGUCCCCUCCGCACCCAGUGUCCAACCUGCGACGUGUCGUUCUGCCCGCUCUGCCGAACGAGUCACCUGCCUGAGCUACGCUUAGGGAGCAGUACGCAGCCGUGCAGGCAUGGAACCAGGACUACUGGGUCAAGCACAAUGCCGAAUUUCAGCGGAAAAAGGAAGAGUUCACUCGGUGCAAGCUGGCCGAGUACAGGACUCAGGGAUGUCCCAGAGAUAGCGUCCCCAUUGAAGACAUGGCAUCCUUCUACAAGACCUUCCUGAAUGACAACCACCAGAAGCACAUGCAGUACAACUGGGCCUGGUACCGAAAAAAUAUUGGCCUCUUGCUGCCCGCACUGCUUGCAAGCUGGGCAUACUUCUACAGAGAAGUGUUUCCAAGUGUGGUGGGGAGGACUAAGUGAACUACCGUCAUAGGAUGUUGUAAUUGUACGCCAUGAUUGCAUUUUGUUUUUUCUUUAGAAGAAGAUGUAUAUACGUAUACUAAUAAAUUUUAGGCACCUGAAGAGUCUAAGAAUCAA